AUGGCGAUAUUGUGGACAACGGGGCAGCAGCAGCAGCAGCAGCAGCAGCAGCAGCAGCAGCAGCAGCAGCAGCAGCAGCAGCAGCAGGAGCAGGAGCAGCAGCAGCAGCAGCAGCAGAAGCAGAAGCAGCAGCAGCAGCAGAAGCAGCAGCAGCAGCAGCAGCAGCAGCAGCAGCAGCAGCAGCAGAAGCAGCAGCAGCAGCAGAAGCAGCAGCAGCAGCAGCAGCAGCAGCAGCAGCAGCAGCAGCAGAAGCAGCAGCAGCAGCAGAAGCAGCAGCAGCAGCAGCAGCAGCAGCAGCAGCAGCAGCAGCAGCAGCAGCAGCAGCAGCAGCAGCAGCAGCAGCAGCAGCAGCAGCAGCAGCAGCAGCAGCAGCAGCAGCAGCAGAAGCAGAAGCAGAAGCAGAAGCAGCAGCAGCAGCAGAAGCAGAAGCAGCAGCAGCAGGCAGCAGCAGCAGCAGAAGCAGAAGCAGGCAGCAGGAGCAGGAGCAGGAGAAGCAGCAGCAAGUCUGAUUCAGAGCCACCAGUGAAAAUGAACCUUGCUGACAACAUCUUAUCUUAA